AUAUCAAUACACGAUAGCAUCAUCUCACAUCCCAGUCACUACAAUCUAAGAACAUACAACGCCAAUCUCCUAGGAAUCCUAGGCCAUGGAGCUUCUUAUAUAUACUUACAGACCUUAUGUUCAAACAUGUAUCUACCAAUGUUAAUCCCACACGAGAGCAAGACGGUGAAGAUGAUGAGCAACAAAGGGCGCAAGUGUCUACUUCUCCUCUCGUUGCUCGCGCUCGUAGUUUUGGGAGUCGUGAAUGGGGAGUACCUGAUCGGAGUAGGGAGCUACGACUCGACAGGACCGGCUGCCGCUGUGAACCUGAUGGGCUACGGGAACAUCCAGCAGAAUGCGGCGGGGAUUCACUUCCGGUUGAGAGCCAGGGCGUUUGUCGUGGCAGAAAGUCCAAACGGGGCGAGGUUCGCCUUUGUCAAUCUCGAUGCCGGGAUGGCUUCGCAGCUCGUCACUAUCAAGGUUCUGGAAAGGCUUAGGUCGAGGUUUGGAGAUUUGUACACCGAAGAGAAUGUUGCAAUCAGUGGCAUACACACUCAUGCUGGUCCCGGAGGUUACUUGCAGUACGUGCUCUACAUUGUGACCUCCCUCGGAUUCGUCAAACAGUCAUUUGAUGCCAUCAUCGAUGCCGUUGAGCAAAGCAUCAUCCAAGCUCACAACAACCUCAAGCCUGGUUCCAUAUUCAUUAACCGAGGGGAUGUGGAUAAUGCAGGUAUAAGUCGGAGCCCAAGUGCGUACUUGCUCAAUCCGGCUGAGGAGAGAGCUCAAUACCCGACCAACGUGGACAAGCAAAUGACGCUGUUGAAGUUUGUCGAUGGAGAGAGCAGGGAAAGCAUUGGAGCGUUCAAUUGGUUUGCGACACACGGGACGUCCAUGAGCCGAGACAACCGGCUCAUCAGUGGAGACAACAAAGGAGCCGCUGCCAGGUUCUUUGAGGACUGGUACCGGUCUGCUUUGGGGAAGGGGAAAUCGGCUAACCGAUCUAACGUAGAUGGUUUGCUGUUGAUCGAGAAGGCACAAACUAUAGGCGCAACUGGAGGGCAGCCGUGCAGCAAAACGAGCAGCCGGAGUUCCAAGGUAAGGAUAAACGAUGGCUCCUUGUUCGUGGCUGCGUUUUGCCAAUCCAACGUGGGGGACGUGAGCCCAAACGUGCUUGGAGCAUUCUGCACCGAUACGGGAAAACCGUGCGAUUUCAACCGCUCUUCGUGCAACGGGGACGAUACACUUUGCGUGGGGCGUGGACCCGGGUACCCAGAUGAAAUCCUAAGCACAAAGAUCAUAGGCGACAGGCAAUUCAAGACGGCCCUCGAGCUAUUCAAGUCUGCUAAAGAAGAACUGACCGGAAAGAUAGAUUACCGUCAUGCAUAUGUAAAUUUCACAGAUAUUGAGGUGGAGUUAGAGGGAAACCGGGUGGUUAAAACAUGUCCCGCAGCCGUUGGUGCAGGUUUUGCUGCUGGAACCACUGAUGGCCCUGGCCAAUUCGGUUUCCAGCAAGGCGAUACAGAGAUCAACCCCUUUUGGAAGCUUGUGAGGAACUUGCUGAAAAAACCGAGUGCGUAUCAGGAGAAAUGCCAGAAGCCGAAGCCCGUCUUACUUAGCACCGGUGAAAUGUUCCAUCCCUACGCUUGGGCGCCAGCGAUUCUUCCAAUUCAAAUGCUCAGGUUAGGACAACUGAUCAUUCUCUCUGUACCAGGAGAAUUCACAACAAUGGCUGGCCGGCGACUGAGGGAGGCGGUGAUGGAGACAUUGAUAAGCAAUGGGAAUGGAGAAUUCCGGGAGGAUCUCCAGGUCGUGAUAGCAGGCCUUACAAACACUUAUUCGCAGUAUGUGGCAACCUUCGAAGAGUACACACAGCAGCGAUAUGAGGCUGCUUCUACGCUCUACGGUCCCCACACGUUAUCAGCCUAUAUCCAAGAAUUCAAGAAAUUAGCAAAAGCGAUGGCAACAGGAGUAAAGGUCCCUAGAGGUCCUUCACCUCCCGACCUUUCUUCUGUACAGAUCAGCCUCUUGCUUCCCCCACCGGGCGACUUACCUCCUCCAGGCAUUAAUUUCGGCGACAUUAAAGAGGAUGUCACUCAACCAGAAAGUAAAACAUUUAAAAUGGGAGACAGAGCAAAUGCCACUUUCUGGAGUGCGGACCCAAGACACGACCUAUUAACAGAAGGCACGUUUGCGGUCGUAGAAAAGCUUGAGGGGGAACGGUGGAUACCGGUACAUGAUGACGAUGACUUCUGCUUGUUUUUCAAGUGGAAGUCGGAAAACUAUGGAUUGAAUGGUUCGGCAACCAUUGAGUGGGAAGUUCCGGAGGAGACUAAGCCCGGGAUUUACCGCUUGAGGCACUAUGGUUCCUCUCAGAAGAUAUUCUCUCCCACCGAGUACUUCACUGGUGCUUCCAGUGCAUUUACGGUGUCAUAGUAUUGUGGGCAGAAUUAUCACCAAAGAGUCCCAAUGAAAAUUUCAGGAUUCGGGAACAAUUACAGGGUUUGCUACCUUAGAAUAUGAUGAACAACAAAUUCCAAAUAAAACACAAUUUAUGCAGGAAUUAUGCAGAGUUCUUGCUCUGAAACGAA